AUGGAGCACGCGCCGCGCCACGUCGUGGUCUUUGGCGAGCUCAGCCCCGAGCAAAAGAGAAAGUACUCCAAGUUCAUCAUUGACCAUAACGUCAAGUUUGCCAAGAAUGCCGACGGGCUCUUCGUCGCGACCGUGCGUCUCGAACGACCGAUCGCGCCGGCGAUUGUGGCGCCGCUCCCCAAGCACAUGUCGCUCCAAGAACGUCUCCGCAACAUCCACGUGGUCACGGUGCCGGAGGCCCUAGGGCGCUACACCGCGCUGUGCAGCAUGCUCGAGACGUCGCCCGAGAUGGAUGCAGCCAAGCAACCGCUCUCGGAUGUGAACCUGAUCAAACUUUUGCAUGAGGUUUACGACGCGCGCGAGGCCGAGCCGCAGGGCGACGUCGACCAACCGUCGUUCUGUGCGUUCCUUUUGCACUUCUUUCAGACGCGGUAUGGGCUGCCGUCGCUCGUGCAUCAACACAUUUUCGAGCUGCUCUUCAGCCUCUACGCCCACCGCGACGAUUUGGAAGCCGAGCUCUUCUCGAGCUUUCUCGACGGCACGUACGACGACGACGCGCUGCGUUUCUUCCUCGACGCGCGCUCGAAGCUGGUGGCCAUGACAACCCGCGACACACUGGGCACGAAGCUCAAUGUCGCCAAGGACAGCGUGUGGAUGUCCAAGGCCCAGUGCUUUGUGCUGGCGCAUCACGUCUAUGGUGCCCGCCUCGGGGCGCCGUACCUCGCGUUUAUGAACAAGAUGAAAGAGUACGUAGCCGGCCAGCCAAUGCCCCGCAGCGUGCACGAGACCAUGGAGAUGAACGAGUUUCUGUCCUUGGCGCUUGAAACCCAUCAGCUGCUGCGCGCCAACGGCACCGCCGACUACGUCCCCGAGAUCAAAGAGAACCCGCCCACGUCCCCGGCCGACGAGAAGCAACGACUCUUCGCGCUGCUCCAGCGAGUGCGUCAUCGCCAGGACCAUGCAUUGGCGGUCGAAGCCGACGGGUGGCUGCCCCACCAGGAACAUGGCCAGCCCUACCCGCCGUCGCCCAAGUCGCCAACGUGGAAGUAGCGUACUUCGUACACUAUAUUGGCUCUAUCCCACCGCUCUCUACAUG